UGUAUGCGAAGGCACGUAAUUAUGCGUUCGUACAUACAUACAUACGUAUGUACUUUGAUUAAACCCAUUACGCUCUAAGCUCUUGUGUAGUUCGGUCGCAAUAAUAACUUAUUCAACGUUGAAGCCAUGCCUUUCUACCGGGAAUUUUUUUGUUUAACGUAGUACAACUUUGGAUAAACCUUCAUUUUCUGAGCAACAAUCGAUUCAAAACAAGGAAAAGAGCGUUGCAAGUAUAAAUUUACCUUGAUCUUUCAUUAAGUGAAACAAAUCGUCCCUGGAAAAUUAUAUUUUAUGCAAAAAUGAGUGUCCUAUCCAAAUAUGUUGACUGUUUUGCAGAAAAAUGUGAACAUAAUGGGCUAACAAAACACGUUUUCAGCUAUGCUCUUGUGACUAGUGCUAUAUUGGCACUUACUAUCAAGGUGACUAUCCCCUACGCGAAGAAAGGAAUAACUCAAAAUGGAAAACCCAAAGUCCACAAUGGGACACUUACACCAUUGGAAGCAGAUAUUUCAGAGGAGGAUUUAAAGCUAGCGGAGGCCGAAAAGUUGUUAGUUGCUCAGCAGCAAAAAAAAAAAUCAAAUGAUUUUGUUGAGCCAGGACUAAACCAAGAAUUUUUGAAACAACUGAAAAUGCUUUCAAAAAUAAUGAUCCCACAGACCUUAUGUUACGAAACUGGAUUGCUGGCUGUUCAUACAUUUUGCCUAAUUUCUCGCACAUUUCUUAGUAUUUAUGUGGCUGCUUUGGAGGGAGCCCUUGUAAAAUUCAUAGUACGAAAAGACGUUAAACAAUUUGCUCUUGUAUUACUGAAAUGGUUCGGGAUUGCUAUCCCUGCUACGUUUGUUAAUUCCAUGAUACGGUUUCUUGAAAGUAAACUUGCUCUGGCUUUUCGAACUCGACUGGUACGUCACUCAUAUCGUCUUUACUUUAAAAACCAAAAUUAUUAUAGAGUAUCGAAUUUGGAUGGACGCAUUGAAAAUGCGGAUCACAGACUUACCGAAGAUAUUUCCGUGUUCGCUAGCUCUGUAGCUCAUUUGUAUAGUAGCCUGACAAAACCAUGUUUCGAUCUAAUGCUUAUUGGCUUGGCAUUGAUGAGAUCCUCUAGAAAAAUGAAAGCUAACAUUAUAACCGGACCGGCUUUAUCUGUUGGUGUUAUUGCUCUAACAGCCCAUAUAUUACGAAUCGUGUCACCGAAGUUUGGACAGUUGGUAUCGGAAGAAGCCAAUAGGUAUGGCUACUUGAGGCACAUUCACUCCCGCAUAAUAACUAAUGCAGAAGAAAUCGCCUUUUACGGUGGUCACAAAGUGGAGAUGCAGCAGCUACGGCAGGCAUACAACCGUCUAGUAAAUCAAAUGACUACAAUUUUUAACCAAAAACUUUGGUUUAUUAUGCUUGAACAAUUUUUUAUGAAAUAUGUUUGGUCCGGUACUGGAAUGAUUAUGGUGUCACUUCCUAUUCUGACAGGCAGUGACGUAGGAUCUGCAUCAAAGCCCGACUCGGCCAUUACGGAGUCGCGUGUUAGCGAACGUACGCAGUAUUUAACAACAGCUAGAAAUUUACUAAUUUCUGCAGCAGACGCUAUUGAGCGAUUGAUGUCUUCUUACAAAGAAAUUGUGUCGCUUGCUGGAUACACUUAUCGCGUGGCUGGCAUGAUGGAUGUGUUCGAGGAAACUGCACAGGGACUCUACUGCAAGGCGAGUGUAAUAGAUAACAAUCAGUCAAAAGGAAUUAUAGAGCACCGUAACGGAAAGCCAAUAGCAAAGGGUCGCAUUAUUUACUCAGAUGAUCCGGAAAAUAUGUCAAUAAACUUACGUGCAGUGCCAGUAGUGACACCAAACUGUGAUAUAGUUGUACCGAAACUUACAUUGUGCAUCGAGCCUGGGGUGCAUUUGUUAAUAACUGGGCCGAACGGUUGUGGUAAAUCCAGCUUGUUUAGAAUACUAAGUGGUCUUUGGCCCAUAUACGCUGGAGAAUUGCAAAUACCGCGGCCCGUAAAAGAUAUUCCUUGUAUGUUUUACAUUCCACAACGUCCAUACAUGUCAAUUGGUAGUCUUUGCGACCAAAUUAUAUACCCCGACACACGGGAUGAUAUGAAACGCAAAGAAAUAUCUGAAAAUGAGUUAAGAUGCAUUUUGAAGUUGGUCAGCCUUGAACACAUUGCCCAACGGUAUUCAAUUUUAAAUUUUUGUUUAAAGUUUAUAAGUGAUAAAUUUAUUAUUAUUUUCAGUGAUAGUUUUGACGUUGUUCGUGAUUGGAAGGAUAUAUUAUCUGGAGGUGAAAAACAACGUAUGGCGAUAGCUCGCUUGUUUUACCACAAGCCACGUUAUGCCCUACUUGAUGAAUGUACGAGCGCAGUGUCUAUAGACGUUGAAAGCUCAAUAUAUGAAAUUGCUAAAGGCAUGGGAAUUACGCUGUUGACUAUAACACACAGGCCUACCUUAUGGAAAUACCACACACAUAUAUUGGAGUUCGACGGCCUUGGCAACUGGCAGUUUAGAAAAAUGAAUGAAGAUGAGCAACAAAAGGAACUAUUCCUUUCUUAGUACCAUAUACAUACAUAUAAGUUAAGUUUGCUCGCCUUGCCAACUUUAAACUAUUCAAUUAAAUUCAACUAUUCAAUUUCAAUUAUUGAAAAAAUAUAUUUAAAUUGUUUUUCGCGUG